AUGCCCCACGGACUCGCUCGGCUACGUCUCGACACGGCAACAAAGAUAAUCAAGGUCGACGUACUCAACUACGCUCUCCAGACAGGUGCGGGCGUCAACACUACCGCUGUUACCCCCACUGAGCUCCUGGCUCAGCAAAACAAGAUCAUUGCGGCAUGCCACCGUCGACGAUCCGGUCUUCCCAGAGCGAUCACUGAUUCUACAUCUGUACCAUUCAACGGGGACGAUGUGCUACUAUUAAUUCGACCGUCUACACUUCAGUUAGUUCGAGUUACCCGUCGACAUAUCGUUGACUAUAGAACCGCAGCUCGUAGUGAACGACCAGUUGAUUUGUACGUGGCUCAAGAGGCUCCUCUACCCUCAGCUGCUAAGAGGCCACGAGCAGGAGCCCUUCCUCCCAGUCAACCAUUCAGAUCUAGCGGUGCAGGCCACGGCGGUGAACCGGUGACCAGGGUGGAUGGAAGCGCGAGCGAGAGCGGCGCCAUGGUGUCGUCGAGCUCGUCAGAGGACGAGAACAUUCACGAUAUCCAACAUUUGCAUCGUCCACUAGGCAAACGGCGGUGCGUCAAUCACGAAGAUACAGGGUCGGACGAGGGUAUCAGUUCAGAUCAAGACGAGAGAGCUUGUUCAUGGGACAGGAAGAACAGAGGUGUUGUUUUCCACCCUUCUCCAACAGAUCGCAGACCACAAGGUGCUAUUGUGCAACCGCUUCAUGCAGGUAAGGACACUCAAAUGCUUCUCCAGUCUGUUCAGCAGUCGGAGUAUGUUGAUUUGCCACCCCUCCCGUGCUUCGUGGUGGCAGACGAAGAGGCAGCAACGGAAAGUAGAGAGGAUAUGUGGGAUUUCUCCUCUAGAAAUUCCUUGACAGCCCCACCACGAGUAACAAAAGUGGCGGAUCUCACCAACGCGCUGUCUUCCUUCUACAGGUUCGUCAAAUACUUCUACAACAAGGCGCCGGGGAAGUUUAUAGGUGCUACACGUGACUUCUUCAUUUCCUACGCGGACAGCGCCUCAACGAUGGCUCGACUGGUCGUGCACUGA